ACUGAGAACAACAAAACUAUGGAUAUGGAAAACCAACAUCCUUCUAUGUGUAGGCUUAAGGAAAUCCAAAAGGAAGUGAAAAGUAUAGAACAGCAAGUAAUUGGCUUUUGCGGUCUUCCCAAAGACAAGAACUAUAAGGAGCUGAAGAGGAAUUUAAGAAAGCACCUGUCUGAAAUAGUCUCUAUAGAUGCCGAAGGGAAAAGAGAAAUUCGGAAGGCCAGAAAGGCGGCAGCAAAGGAGACAAAGAGACUUCUGAAAGACCUGGAACAGAAUGCCAACCACCCACAACAGCUGGAAAUCCAAACAAUUUUGAAAGAAGCCCGGGCCCUAGUGAAGGAGAGGAUCUUGCCACUCUACAGCGUAAACAGCCUUCUGAGUGAUGAAUUUAAGGAGGGAAUCCAGGAUAUCAUUAAGAGACUGACGCACGUGAACACGUCUGGGAAGGUCUCCCUGCGCAAUGCCAGGUACCAUGCGCUGAGUAAGAUCUGCGCGGUACAGGAAAUCACCGAGGACUGCAUGCGAAAAUUUCCAUCUAUGCCACUGACUGAAGAAGAACACCCAGCAGUGGCCAAAAUCACCUCGGUGAUAUGCGAAGUCAACAGAGCUAGGGGCACUUUGAUCGCCCUUCUUAUGGGCAUAAAGAGCAAGGAGACCUUCGAACAUCUGUCGUGUGUACUCUCGGGACUGAUCACAGACUUAGAUGCCCUGGACGUGAGAGAGUGGGUGGAUAUCACAAACUACCACAGGGAAGUGGUCAUGGAAGUCAACAAGUUAUUAAAAUAUUUGGAUUUGGAAAAAGCCAAUUCAACACAGGCAUUUGAUCUGGGACAGAAUCACUCCAUCUUAAAAAUAGAAAAUGUCCUCACAAGAAUGAAAGGAAUAAAAAAAGAACUUCUGCAGUCCCAGAAUCCUCAGGAGUUGUACUUUUGCUCCAAAACAGAGUUGCAGGGACUGAUAGGAGAACUGGGUGAAAUACACCGGGAAAAGAACCCCUGCAUACAGGAAGCCCAGCACAGAGCUGUCAUUGAAGGGCAAGCCCUCAUCGACUUCAUUAACUUGAAGGAAUCCCUGGAGACAGACCAGCAACCUGAGCAUCCAGCACAGAGGGCUGUGUGGAACAUUCUAGACAAGUUGUCCAAGAUCCAGGCAGAUGUGCUUUCCUUUGAAGGCGACCAAACUGACAAGCGCUUCAUCCUGCUGGAAGAACUACUCACCCGACAGCUGCUGGCCCUGGAUGCAGUGGAUCCUCAGGGAGAGCAAGCAUGUAAAGCUGCCCGGAAGAAGGCUGUGAACCUGGCUCAGAAUAUUCUCAGCUAUCUUGAUUUGAAAUGUGACAAGUGGGAGUAG